AAGAGAAAGAGAAACAGGAAGGUUUCACAUCUUUAGAAAACAAGAACUGAGUUUGAGUCCACGUUUUGAGAUUUCUUGACCAGUUCAUUCAAAAUGUCACACGGCGAAGAAUUUCAGCAGACGGCCGUUUCAAUUGAAGAAUUAAAUAACGUCACAGAGAACAUUCUGCAGCAAAAUGACACUUUGAGCAAACAUCUGGAGAACAUUUGCAAGAGUUUGCGGAAAAGGAAAGAUUUGGACGCUUCAUGCAAGGAAUUGAAAAAGACACGGAAAGCUGCUAUGGAGGAAAACAGAAAACAGGUGAAGCAGCUGGAGAGUCUUAGAGUGGACGUGGAAAAGCAGAUCCACGUGGAAAAUGUGUGUGAAAAAGAGAGGACUAGAACAUCUCAGGCCUUGGAAAGUAACCAAGACCUGAAAACAUUAAUAGCCUCUCUUCAAACCAGACUUCAGCAGCUGAAAGAAAUGGAACAAGAAAUUUCUGGCGUGAAAGCUGAACGUAAACUUCUGGAACGGGAGAAGAGAGAUCUGCAAUCCCAACUGAAGAAACUCCAGAAGAAGACCGCCCACAAAGCACACCUGGAACCGGAUUUGAGAAAUGAAUUUAAUGAAUUCCAGGCUUUAAAACAACAAACUGAAGAACUGAGGCAAAACCUUCAGGAGUUGCAAGAACAAAAUGAGGAACAAAAGAAGAUGGCAGACAACUAUCCUAGCAUGAUAGAAGAUAGGCGACGUCUCACAGAUCUGAGGGCUCAACUGGAAAGAGAGAUCUUUGAUCAGAGACAGCAGCAGGAGGAAACACGUCAGAUGAUUGCUCGACGUGAGGAGGAAAGAAGAGAACUGGAAUUGCUCAGAGAACAAACAAAUGCCUUCACAGCAGAGAAACAUGCACUGGCAGAUGAACUGCAACACCGUGAAGCGUUGGAGUCUGAAUAUAAGGAGCUGCAAGCACAAACUAAUGACUUGAUGACAACAUUCCUCCCCCUGAACACAGAAGUUGCCGAGCUGCAGCUCAAGGUUUCAAACAUGGAUGAGGUGCAGGAAAAACUGAAUGUUGAAAAGGAGAAAAAUGUAAAGGCAGAGAACGAGGUUGAAAAACUAAAACAGCAGCAAAAGGAACUUUGUGAAGUGGCUGUGCAAUACAACAAGUUACUAAGCAAACUGGAACCUCUUCGACAGAAAACAAAGGAGCUCAAAGACGAAAAAACCAUGCUGACUGAUCUUCUCAAACACCGUCAAACAUUGGAGACUGAAUACAAUGAGAUAAAAGCAGAAGCUCGCGAGGCAGAAGCUUACAACUGUCAAGCUCUUGAGGAGAUUGAUUUUCUGAAGGGGAAACUUUCAGAGCUAGAAGAUGAGGAGACAAGAAUUUUAAAACUGCUUAGGGAGCAGCCCAGCCAGAUGGAGAAGCUGGAGGAGCUCACCGAGGAACUGGCCGAGACCACCGAGGAGCUGAAGGUGAAGCACUGGAAGAUGUAG